AGCAGGAGCAGCAUGAGCUGGUAUUUUGGGAUGAGGUCUCUGGUUCAUUUAAUUGAGACAAAUUAAUACUUUAAUAAUGCCGAUGAAGGGAAGAUUCCCCAUACGGAGGACACUGGAGUAUCUGCAGAAAGGAGAAGUCGUGUUUAAAAAAUCUGUGAAUAUUAUGACUGUCAAUUAUAACACACAUGGAGAUCUGAGUGAAGGAGCAAGGUCAGAAUUUGUGUUCUUCAAUAUCCCUCAAAUCCAGUACAAAAACCCCUGGGUUCAAAUAAUGAUGUUCAAAAACAUGACACCCUCACCCUUUCUCCGAUUUUACCUCGAUGAUGGAGAGCAAGUGUUGGUGGACGUAGAAGGAAAAGACCACAAAGAAAUUACGAACCACGUGAAGAUGAUCCUUGGCAAGUCAGAUAAAGUUCUUGAAGCUGAAGCUCUGGCUAAAAUGGAGUUGUCUAACCCUGCUAACUUUGGGCCCAAGAGAUAUUUCCUGCGGGAGUGUAUCAGUGAAGUGGAGGGUCAAGUUCCUCAUCCUGGUUUUGUCCCACUUCCCAAAGAGAUGACUGGCAAAUACAGGGCUAAACUGGCAGCAGCCUCUGAUGAGUAGAUGCUGUGUGAAACAAAUGUGAAAACGCAUUGGACGCUUAAAAAAAAAAAAUAAAUAAAAAGAAUCUUAAAGGUUUUUGGUGGGUGAGAUGAACACGCUUUGAUGUUUGUGACUUUCACUUAGACUGACUGUUAAGCAGACUUGUUUGAUAAACCUGCAAAAAAUAAAAAAAUAAAUCCAAAAA